ACUGUCGCCCCAUAUGACGCUAGGGUUUUGUGGUUGCCGCCGCGACCCGAGCAGCACCCCGUCAUCGCCUCCACCCUUUCGCCCCAACCGCGCGGCCGCCGUCUCGUUCCUCCCCUCCCCUCUCCGCUCCCCGUCCUCCCCGACCCGCCUCCGCCGCCGCCGCCUUCCUCUGAGAGGAACCCUGUACGAUUGGCGUCGAGCAGGGCGCAUAAGAGUCCAUCCAGGCCGGCUUCUUCUCUCGGUUGUAUAAUAAAGGUUUUGCUGUAUAUCUGGACUCAGAAGUUUCUGUCAAUAUCAUUGAUCAAUGGAUUCUCAGAGCAGUUGUCUUUUGAUCACUUACUCUCCAGAGAUCAUAGAUGGAGUGCCUUUGUAUGUCUCAUCCAAUUGCCUGCCUGUAAAAGCUUUGAAACAUGAACCUGCUGGUCAUUCGUUCCAUGCCGCAGCAAUGAAGCUUCUUGGUCUUGGGGAGCAAGAAGACACGGAAAAUGAUGAUCGCAGUGUGUCAUCGGAUGACAAAAGCCAAGAUUUUGCUGCUGCUUCUGAUACCUUCAGCAGCAAAGGAAAGAAGAAGUCCUCUGGGAGUCAACAGCAAGACCACUAUGCGUUGCUUGGGUUGGGGCACUUGCGGUUCUUGGCCACUGAAGAUCAGAUUCGGAAAAGUUACCGUGAUAUGGCUCUUAAACAUCAUCCAGAUAAGCAGGCUUCUCUGAUUCUUGCAGAGACAACAGAGGAAGCAAAGCAAGCAAAAAAGGAUGAGAUAGAGAGCCAUUUCAAGGCCAUUCAGGAGGCCUAUGAAGUCCUCAUAGACCCUACAAAAAGGAGGAUUUAUGACUCAACCGAUGAGUUUGAUGAUGAUGUUCCAACAGACUGUGCCCCUCAAGACUUCUUCAAGGUUUUCGGCCCAGCCUUCAUGAGAAAUGGACGCUGGUCUGUUAGCCAGCCUGUUUCUUCUCUAGGAGAUGAUGCUACUCCCAUAGAGGAAGUUGACAAGUUCUACAAUUUCUGGUACAACUUCAAGAGUUGGAGGGAGUUUCCAGAUGAUGAUGAGUAUGACUUGGAGCAAGCUGAAUCUCGUGAACAUAAGAGAUGGAUGGAGAGGCAGAACAUGAAGCUACAAGAGAAGGCCAAAAAGGCAGAGUAUGCACGAGUACGCACUCUUGUUGAAAAUGCUUACAAGAAAGAUCCAAGGAUCCAGAGGAGAAAGGAGGAGGAGAAGGCUGAGAAGCAGAGGAAAAAGGAGGCAAAGUACCUGGCAAAAAAAUUGCAGGAGGAAGAAGCUGCAAGAGCUGCAGAAGAGGAAAAGAAAAGGAAGGAUGAGGAGGCUAAGAAAGCUGCAGAAGCUGCUCUCAAUCAGAAGAAGUUGAAGGAGAAAGAGAAGAAACUGCUACGCAAAGAGAAAACCCGUCUGCGAACUCUUGCAGCACCCGUAGUUACAGAGAACCACUUUGGUCUGUCAGAAGAUGAUCUUGAAACAGCAUGUGUGUCACUUGAUAUUGAACGGCUGAAGAAACUCUGUGACGGAAUGGAGGGUAAGGAUACAGCUAUCAAGGCCAGAUUGCUGAGAGGUGAACUGAGCAAAGAAAGUUCCUCAAAGGAAGCAAAGAAAAUUGAAGCAAAUGGCGCAGAGGGAUCUACUCCAAAAUCCAACUCUACGGGAGGAAAAGUGACACAAGGCAGCUUAUUGAACAGCUAUGAGAAAAAAGAGAGACCAUGGGGAAAGGAAGAGGUUGAGAUGCUUAGGAAAGCAAUCCAAAAGUAUCCAAAGGGAACUUCGAGGAGAUGGGAGGUUGUUUCUGAGUUUAUUGGGACGGGCAGAUCUGUUGAAGAGAUUCUGAAGGCCACGAAGACUGUUCUUCUUCAGAAGCCAGACUCAACAAAAGCUUUCGACUCUUUCCUGGAGAAACGCAAACCAGCCCAAUCCAUUGCUUCACCUCUUUCAACUCGUGAUGAAACAGUCGGUUCCUCAACUGAUGGAUGCAGGACUGCUUCAUCUAAGGUGGCCGCACAACCUGCAAGCAGCAGUCAGACAGCCGAUGAGAAAACUGUUGCUGAUCCUGUCCCGAAUGGUGCACCUUCCGCGACAGAUCCAGAUGCAUGGACGGAGAUGCAGGUGCUGGCCCUUGUCCAAGCUUUGAAGGCUUUUCCUAAGGAUGCAAGCCAAAGAUGGGAGCGUGUGGCUGCUGCUGUCCCAGGUAAAACUGUAGUCCAGUGUAAGAAGAAGGUUGCGGCGAUGAGGGAGAAUUUCAGGAGCAAGAAAAGCGCGGAGUAGUAGAGUAUCAUCGGAAUUACACCAAUGUGAGUAAAGCAUGCAUGUAAGUGAAAAGGGUCUGAUUCAGAUUUUGUGGAAGUGCAUUACUAUUUCAACCGAUCGAGCUCUGCAUAACACGGCAUAAUAGGGAGAAGUUCAUUUUUUGACACCUACUCAUGUGAUUCCUUAAUAAUUUAGCACCCUUCCUGUAUUUCAAACGUAUUUCAAUAUUUUUUCGGCGAUUAGUCGCAUGUGAAAAGACUUGUUUGCCCCUGCGCACGCAAAAUACUCCGCUUUAACCAUCCGUAGAAGAAUCACACCCCCAGUCCCAGACGCGGAGCCAGCCUUGCUGCCCUUGCAGACAAGGACCAACUGCUGUGUUUUCAUGACCACAUGCCUGAACUUUUGUUUCUUAUAUUGUGCCUCAACUUGUGGCGUAAUUCAGUGCUCAGUAUUUCGAUUCU